AAGUUCAGUGCAGUGCAUGCAACAGUUUCAGUCAUCUGCUGGCUACCUGCUCUGCUAUAGACACUACUCUUCUCAUACCUGCACGUAGGUAGCUGCAGAUAAGCAGCAGCGAUCGAAGAUGGCGAAGCAGGGUGCCGCUUCCAUGCUCGCACUGGCAUUGCUUCUGGGAACCUUUGCAGCCAUCCCUACAGGCGUGCAGUCCAUCGGCGUGUGCUACGGCGUGAACGGCAACGGCCUGCCGUCGGCCGGCGACGUCGUGCAGCUCUACCAGUCCAAGGGCAUCAACCUCAUGCGCAUCUACUUCCCCGACAGCAACGCGCUCCAGGCGCUGAGCGGCUCCAACAUCGGCGUCAUCAUGGACGUGCCCAACGACAAGCUCGGCAGCAUCGCCUCCGACCCCAACGCCGCCGCCGGCUGGGUCCGGGACAACGUCCAGGCCUUCUCUGGCGUCUCCUUCCGCUACAUCGCCGUCGGCAACGAGGUCGCCGGCGGGGACACCGCCAACAUCCUCCCCGCCAUGCGGAACAUCAACGACGCCCUCAACAACGCCGGCCUCGGCAGCAUCAAGGUGUCCACGGCCGUGCAGAGCGGCGUCACGCAGGGGUUCCCGCCGUCGCAGGGCAGCUUCUCGGCGGGCCACAUGGGCCCCAUCGCGCAGUUCCUGCAGAGCACCGGCGCGCCGCUCCUGGCCAACGUCUACCCCUACUUCUCCUACGUCGGGAACCAGGCACAGAUCGACAUCAACUACGCGCUCUUCACCUCCCCAGGCACCGUCGUGCAGGACGGCGGCAACGCCUACCAGAACCUCUUCGACGCGCUCGUCGACACCUUCUACUCCGCACUCGAGAACGCAGGGGCGGGGAGCGUCGGCAUCGUCGUGUCCGAGAGCGGCUGGCCGUCGGCGGGGGGCGACGCGGCUAGCACGGACAACGCGCGGACCUACAACCAGAACCUCAUCAACCAUGUCGGACAGGGCACGCCCAAGCGCCCCGGGGCAAUCGAGACCUACAUCUUCGCCAUGUUCAACGAGGACCAGAAGCCCGGAGCCGAGACGGAGAAGCAUUUCGGCUUGUUCAACCCGGACAAAUCGCCGGUAUACGACAUCAAUUUCUGAGCGACGGACGGACGGAUUGAUGAUACUACAGCUACAGGAACAAGAUCAUAAUGAGAUAUGUAUAGAAAAUACAUACUACUACACACAUCACACCGCGAUACUUAAAAUUUGAUGAAUAAGCUGCCUGUAAAAUGCAAAGUGCAUCCAUGUAAGGCAAGCACUUCAAAUAAUGGUUUCAAGAUGAAUAAAAAGCAUCAAUUAUAUAUUGCAAGAUACUAA